GAAGUUUGAAGGCAAGCCAAAAUGGAACAUUUGCUGGGAUUGGGAGUGGCUGCAGUCUGAAGACUCAGGCCAAAGUGGGGACUAGCUGAAGGGGAAAGAGCCUGAAGAGCCCGCAGUGGAAAGGAACAGAUUGCCCGGGCAACAGGAUGACGGCCUGUGGUGCCCAGAGGCUGCUGUGCCUCAUAGCUCUCACUGUCCUUCCGGCGGAUUGGCUUUUGCCCGUGGUGUUUGCUCAAGAGGACUCUGAAGUUCCAACAGGUGUGCCUGGUCCUGGAGCAACAUUGCCAGCAUUAAGCAACCAAACAGCAGUACCUGAAUGCCGCGAAGAGCAAUUUCCAUGCACACGGCUGUACUCUGUCCACAAGCCUGUGAAGCAAUGCAUCAGUUACCUGUGUGUUACCAGUGUCCGUAGAACAUAUAUGAUAAACAAAGAGAUCUGUUCUCGGAUUGUCUGCAAAGAGGAUGAAGCUAUGCAGGAUGAGAUCUGCCGCCAGCUGGCUGGCCUUCCACCACGCCGCCUCCGGCGCUCCAAUCAGCAUCGAGCACAGCGCUGCCGACAGACUCAGGAUCAGCAGCAGAAUGGGAUCGAAGCUCAGUGAACAACAGAGUGCAGGAGAGCACAGAGGAGGAGCUGGAACCCACGUUUGCCCAAAGAAUCCACUUGUGACAACAUAGUUGCACCCUUUCCAUCACUUCCUACCCCACACAGAGAGCUUCCUUGCCUGCCUGUGACCUUUAUCCCAGAGCCACUUUUAUAGGCCUGACCCACACCAGCCCACAGAAGGAGGGGCAGAGGGACUGUACCCCCCGCCUUCAGGCCUGGCUCUUGCCUCCCCCCACUCCAGAGCUCACAGAUGGUAAUGCACAAUCCAUACUAUGCAAGUCAAGGGGGGAAAGGUUGAAUGCUGGAAUGUCUAUAUCUUGUCCACCACAGGCAAGAGCCAGCUCUGGGGUGGAUGGAGGCAAGACAUGCUUGGGGAGGGGGGGUGUAACAUGGAUAGAAAGGACAUGCCUUGAAGUGUGUGUAAAAUGUGCUGCAGUGAACUUUGCCUUCCUGGUUUCAGGAGCGAGGUGAGGCAGAAGGCGAGGUCUGCUGAUGUCUCGGAGCUUUCCCCUCAUUUCUGCAUGGUUUCUUGUGUAGGAAAGGCAUCUUCUGCAUGCACCACUUAAACCCUUGUGAAGUGAGCCUUGUCAGCUGGGCUUCCAGCCUCCAUGCGACAGGUCUGUUCAGCACUGCAGCUCCACAGCCCUGACAUUCGUGCAGGCUGAGCAGUUGCAGAGGCAGAGGCAGUGCACAAAACAGAAAGGCCAUGGAAGGGAUGGAGGAGUAAGUUCUCUGCUCUGUGCCUGUAGUGUUGGACAUGGCCUCUCUCCAGGGGUGCAUCCAUUUUCAGCUUUGUUUCCAGGUGUGGCAGUCAGACCUCUGCUCCUGGUUCAGCCCCUACUUGAUCAUCUCUCGAUUCCAUUCCCAGUGCACAGUUUAGAGAAGAACACAAAACUGCUUGACAAAUGGCUGUCCCAUAAUUAUUGUAAUAGGAGACAUAAGGAAAAGAGGAAGAAUACAGACAGAGGCUGAUGUAAAUCUGUGCCAUGCUAGAGAGAAAGAGCGGAAUCGCUGCUAUCCCUGCCACAAAGCAUUGGCAGGUAUUAACUAAACCUUAAGCCAAGGCACAAUUCCUCUGCAGAAGGACGAGCCCUACAAGAGGCUCCAACAGGACUUGUUGGGACCAAUAAGAGGCUAUCUUUACCAUCUCACCAGGACAGGCUGGGAUAGAACAGUUUGCAAAAGAAUUGCUGACAAAGAGCCACUGCUGCCCAUUCAAGCCGGCUGUUAUCUCUGGCCAAGCAGCUUGGCAGAGGGAGAAACACCAAAGCGAUGGUGGUGUUCCUCACCUGAGCACCGAAGCUGCCUCAUCAGCCCAUGUCUCCCCACCCCAGUUGGUUUUUGAGAGGCCACUAAACGGCAGCCUGCCUCCCCAGGUUUAGGUCUUGGUCAAAAUGAGGCAGAAAAAGUAUUGCCUCCAGCCUCUAGAUUGUUUCCCCCAUAGUGUCCAUUUGCCUCUGUGAAAGCUUUGAAUUGUUUUGCAGACUGCCCCCCACCCCCAAUAUGCUAAGCAUACUCUACCAUGGUGAUUCCUUUUAUUUUUUUUAAGGGUAUAGCAGUUUUUUCCUAAUUUGAAUGCAUCUCUGUUGACUGAGCGGGCAUCCCAUCUCCAACCCCUUGCCAAAUAGCUUCUCCUCCUUGUGGCGCUUACAAAUCCCAGUUCCAACAUGAGUUCAUAUACCCCAAGCUGCAUUGAAUUAAUUGAACAACAUCCAUGCUGGCAGAACAACAGUGUGAAGAAUUGCCGGGUCCUUGCAAUUAUGUAAAGCACAUUCCUGAUCCAAAUGUGCCUAUUGAACUGAAUAUAGUGGCUCAGGUGUGAGGCUGAGACACACGGAAAAGAAGUUCUCCAGCUUUCAAAUGGAAUGUAAAGAGCAUAGUAAUAGAUAGGGACCCACCAGUUGUUGGAAUGUUGGAUGUAUAAUAAAUUUAAAUCUGUUCACUCAAAACAGAGAAUCCAAUGUAACCUUAUAUGAAUGUAUUACGUAGUUAUAUAUCGACACAUAAUACCUACAGUCAGUCUGAAAGAAUUUCUGAUGCUUUUAUAUUGUACUUUUUGUAGGAUCAUGGACUGGAAUUUCUACAAACGCACUGCAUAAGCGUUAUAUUUUAUGGAAUACAUACCCAAACAUAUUAAAAGGCAAGCUGAUUUUC